CUCAACAUAAUUAGUCAAUUCGCAGUUUCCGUCGGAACGAAAUAAUGGCAAAUUCAAAGUUGUUGGUCGUUUUAAUUUUGUCAAUUAAUUCUCUAUUGACAAAUGCUGGUGUGUCGAUGCACGAUCCAUUCUACUGUUAUGCACAGGAUCCAAUUCGUCCGCAAGUUGGAAUGUUUUCGUCAAUCACCUCGUACGAAACGAAUCGAGGACACAAUAUGGUCGAUCCGAAUGUCUCAACGUGUACACCAGCUAAAUUUUGGUUCGUGUCUAGGCACGGUACGAGAUUGCAGUCGCGCAGUGAACUUGAAAAUAUUUUUGCAAACAAUGAACGACUUCACAGGGAUAUCUUGAGUAAUUACGAAGCUGGACGUACAUCGUUGUGUGCAGCUGACAUUGCCCUGUUACGGAACUGGCGCUUUGAUCCAAACAUCACAUUAGAAAUGGAACAACAAUUGACUGUGGCUGGAUGGAAUGAAUUCCAAGAAAUGGCUCAAAGAUAUCAGGCAGCGUUUCCAACUUUACUUCCAUCAACAUAUUCGCACAGCACCUAUUUGUUCAGAACAACGCACACAGCUCGAACGCUUGGAAGUAUGCGAGCGUUUGCCGAUGGAUUGUUCGGUCAUAAUGGUUACCAGCAAGUGAUUUUCGAGAAUGUUCCGAAUCCGGAUCCAUUUUUGCGACCACAUGACUUUUGCGAACUUCUAAACGAAGUCAGAGACGAUACGACAGAGCCACAAGCAUUUAUUGACGGUCCCGAAUACCAGCAAAUGUUGUCGCAAGUAAGUGCAAAACUAGGAUUUCAUGGAUCACGUCAUUUGAGCUUCAAUGACAUCAGCAUUUUGAACAACAUUUGCAAAUUUGAACAAAUCUGGCAUGUAAAUUCUACGUCACCAAUGUGUGCAGCUUUCUCUGUUGCCAAUUACGAAGUACUGGAGUACUACGACGAUCUAUUCUUUUACUAUCGAUACGGUUACGGUCAUUCAGCGUUUCGUACACUCUACGAAAACAUUUACUGUUAUGCAAUGCAAGACUUAUUAACAUUCAUAGCAUCGGAUAAUCCGAGUGAUCAAAGAGCUAAGUUGUAUGGCGGUCAUACGGCGACGGUACAGAUGCUGGCUGUUACAUUGGGUCUUUUCGAAGAUGAUGAACAUUUGACUCGACACAAUUUCGCACAACAAGCGUAUCGAAAAUGGAAGACUAGUGUCCAUGCCGCGAAGGGAACAAAUUUGGUCGUUGUUAAAUAUGAUUGCGGUGCUGAAGAUAACGAUAUUUUGUUCCUGCACAGUGAAGUACCAUUGCAAAUCCCUGGAUGCCAAUCGAAUGGAAUUUGUAAACAAUCUUUUCUUAUGGAAAGGUUUGGUCGAUUCUUGAACGCAAAUUGUGCCGAAAUGUACUGUAGAAACUCAUAAGAACUUCUGUAAAAUGUCGUUUGUCUUAAUACCAAUAAAAUGGCAGUUGUUGGUCAUUGACCAUAUUAA